AUGGACCCGAUGGGUGGUCACUGCAACAAUGGACCCCUGGCAAAUACCGGGUUCCUGUCUUACCCAACUUACCCGCCGCCCCCGCCGCCCCCGCCAUUUGACUACAUGUCGCCCUGCCACCGUACCCCGGAUUUCUGGGCUGGCUAUCCAUACGGCUGGGCAAGGUCUCCAUGGUCUCCCAGCAGCAACCCUUACCCCGAUCCAGGUGGGCCCCGCCACCAGCCUCCGGUGCGCGGAGAUCAGGUCGCCCCGUGUCAGAUUCCAGCGCCUCCUCCAUCCGACGUGGGCAGCGUCGUGCUGGCAGCGCGGUUGAAGGAGGUCUCCGCAGAUACAUGGAGAAUAUGA